AUGCUCAACGGCCGCGCCCAGGGGCGGCGCGCCAACACGACGCCGACGAAGCAGAAGAACGGCCACGGCGACAGCCACGCCUUCAUGAGCCAGCUCCGCGACCACGUCCGGCGCCACGGCCCUCUACUAGGCUCCCGGAGUGACGACUUUUUCAAGCAGUUGCCCGACGACGUCCACCACCCGAGACCUUUAAAGAGGCACAUCCAGCAGCAGGCGGCGUCGUACGGCAUGAGGUUUGAAGAUAGGCAACCUCCGGACGGGUGGGUCGUAGAAUUAGUGCCCGACGGCCGACAGUCAUCAGACGAGCAGACCAUCUGCACGGCGCUGGCGGCGUGGAUCCUGUCGCGGAACGACAAGCGCAUGCGGUCCGGCGAGAUCGAUCAAUUCUACAUCCAGCACAAGUCCCUGCCGCGGAAGAAAGGCGUCUCCUGGUUGAAUGAUGAUUUACUGGAAAAAUACGGCUUGCGAAGGCACAUCCCCAAGGGCGACAAGUCCUUCUUCUACAUCGAGGCCAUACCCAAGAGCGUGACGCCGAAGCCUUUGAAUUCUCCGUGGUCCUUAGUCGCUGCGGGCGCCAAGACCGAGCCGCCCCUCGGGAGCGAUCCGGUCUACGACCCCACGUCGGCGCGGCGGCCCAUCGGCGCCAUCGGCGCGCCGCGCAUCGACCACGAGGCGGAACGGAGAGAGGCGUUUUUGGCGGAACAGCGGCGGCUGCAGGCCCAAGCGCAAGCGGAGCGGGAAUUGUUGCUCCAGAGAGAACGGGAGGAGGCCGAACGACGUCGAGUGGCCCAGGCCCAGUCCGAGGAGGCGUCGCUGGCGCUGGCGCGGCGCCUCAUGGCCGAAGAUGCCGCGGCUCUCGGCCAGCGCGCCGAGCCCGAGUUCCAGUCCGUGAGUUCGCAGCCGAAGCAGCGUUCGGCGCGGCAGGAGGAGGCCUCGGCGUCGUCGUCGGCGUUUGAUCCAGUCCCGUCAGUGCACGUCGCGCGGCGGCGGACGGACGCGUUUGUCUCUUCACAUGGUGUGGACGCGUCGGCCUGUGCUGCUCUCAGAGCGCUACCGCCGCUGGAGCAGGUCCGGCUCGUACGGCGCCUCGAGAAGGGCCGAUCCGCGGACGGGUUCCAGAAUUGGAGUGCGCUCGUACUCAGCGCCACCAAAAAGCGCGACAACUUCGCGGCGCUGGCGAAGGAGCUGAAGACGCUCGAGCCGGCGCUUUGUAGGGUCGCCGAUCGCUACGCGCUGACUUCGCAGACCGUCCACGCGCUCUCGCAACUCGCGAAACACGAUCAAACGAAGAUCGGCCACCGCCUCGACGAGCCGGGCUACGUCGACAACGUGGCCAAUGUGGAGGGCUUCGUGGCGCGGUGUUUCAGACAACGGGACGUCGUGCGAGCUUUGCUGCGGGAGGAUAGACACGGGAGGUGUCUCGAGCCCGAACUCACCGUCGCCAUCCGAGCCUUAGCUGUUGAGUUAGAUGAACGAUGCGUGCGCAAGCUACGCGCUUUACCCUCAAACAAGCAGCGGCACGCGGCCGCCUGUCUCGAGGUGAUCGACUUCGCGGGCAUCGCGAACGCGUCCGGUUUUGUUUCUGCGGCCGUGGACAAGGGCACGCUCUUCGAGCGCGCGCCGGAGCCGCCGGAGAAGCCCGUUGUGGCGCCGCCGCCGCCACCGAAACCUGCACAGCAACCGAAGGCGUGGGCGGCGCCCGCGCCGGCGCCGGAGCCGCCCAUCAUCCAGAAGGCGCCGGGGCCGGCCUGGGGCGCCGUCGGCCGCGCUCCUGGCGCGGACCGCGCGCCGCCGCCGGAACCGCCGCCGGCGCGCGCGCCGCCAGCAAUGGCGCCGCCGCCGGCGCGCGCGGCGCCCGGCCCGCCCGCGCCUGUCGGCCCGCCGGGCGCGGGUCGGCCGGCGCCCGUCGGCGCUCCCGGUGCGCCGCCGGCGCCCGCGCGCGCGCCGGGCGCCGCCUGGGGCGCCGUCGGGCCGCCGCCGCCGCCGCGCCGGCCCGAGCCGGACCCGCGGAUUGCGCCGCCCGCCUGGGGCGCGCCGGAGCCGCCGCCGGCCUGGGGCUCGAACGGCCCGCCGCCGCCGCCGCCGCAACAAUCGAAGGCGCCGGGCUUCGACCGCGCCAUCGGCGGCGGCAACGCGUUCGCGUCGGCCUGGGAGCCGGGUCGAUUGGUCCAGACGCCCCGCUCUCCACCGCGGGACCUGGCGCCGCCGGGCCUGCCGCGGUCGCCGAUCUCGCCGCCCCUCCAGCCGCGGGCGUCUCCGAUGUCGUCGCCGCUGGGCGCGCCGCCGCCGGGCCUGCACGGCGACGACUACAUCCCGCCCAAUCUAGUUGAUGUGCCGCGGCCGUCGGACGCCAUACCGGAAGGGUUGGUCGACGUCCAGCGGCGGUCGAACUGCGCGUUGGACGCGAUUGUCGCGGUGUUAUGUCGCUGCCCGACGUUCGUAAGAGCCGCCGGGCGGCCCUCACAAGGCGACUCGCGGGCGUUGCGCGCGCUCGACGCCUCGCUCCAAGCGGCGGAGCGGGGCGCGAACUCCGACGCUGCUGUCGACGCGCUGCGGGAGGCCUUGGCUUCCAGUGGUGACGACACCGUCAUCCGCGCCGAGCUCAAGACGCGGGGCGCGCAUUUAGAUGUCGCCGAGGUCCUCGGCGAGGUGGUGAACGUCGCGCGGCCGUCGGCUCAACAAGCGCUGCGGACGCGGGGCCGCGUGUCGCAACAGGCGUGUCGCCGGUGCGGGCACUUCAACGACGACUUCGUUGAUGACGUGGAGCUGAACGAGCUCGCGCGGUCGGCGCCGGCCGCCGCUCUCGUCCAUGCGGCCGAGACCAACGGGAGUCUGGAGCGCGUGUAUCUGGAGGCGCACGCGCACGCGCCGAAGACGUGCGACAAGUGCCGCGCGCCGCAAGCGUGUGAUGUGGACGUACUCCUAGAGCAGUCCGCGCGCGCUUUGGUGCUCAGCGUGGGCUGGCCGUCGUCGAACGUCUCGUCGGACGACGUGCUGGCGUUACUAGCCUUCGUCGGGCGCUCCGGCGCGCGCGACUGCGGCCGCGCGGGCGCCAUCUGGCCGGACCGCGUCUUCGCCGCCGCGGGGAACAACGCGCGGCCCCUCGACCUGCUGGCCGUCGUUGUCUUCCAGAACGCGCACUACACGGCGUUCGUGCGGUCGCCCGACGGCGCCGACGCGUGGACGCACCACGACCGCCAGGCGCGCAUCCACGUCGGCGCCUGGACGGACGUGGUCCGGCGCUGCGCGACGGCGACGUCGCCGAUGCUGCCGUACCUCCUCGUCUACGAUGAGCUCGUCGCCGCCGACCCGACGGCCAUCUUCGACUCGCUCCGGAUCUGAUAGCUAGUGUAUAUCCUCGGGCGCGCUGUAGUUUGCGUUCUUCUUACCGGUCGG